GAAAGGAGUCACCUAGGCGGACAACAGUACAGUUACCAUCAACCUCAAUCGUCAGUUCUAGCUCAAUCAUUCGACGUCUACGAAUAUAUGAAUCGAGGAGUGUGUAAUUUUCGCAAGUGAAGUUUUCAUUUAAUUUAUCAUUUUUGAGAGAGAGAGGGAUGAGGGAAUGUUUACUGCCUAUACUACUCGCUGUUAUUGUUUUAUCAACUCCAGGACAAGGCGACGUCGUAUCGUCUGCCACGGUAAAAACAUGGGCGUACAAACUCGGCUUCGAGCUGUCUCAGCUUGGAAAAUACGUGAUAAACGUGCAAAAAUUCGAAGACAGCUACAGAACGGCCCAAGUUGUACCCAGAGAUGGUAAAACACUUGUUCAUGAAAUUGCCAAGGACAUCAAGGCCAUGAUGGAAUCUAAAAUGUCAGCAAUUAGGAGAAUAAUGGACAUCGCCGAGACAGUCGCCCUGGACGACGAGCAGCUGGACGUCAACUACACGUACACAAAUGCAAAGAAUGUCUCCCAGGAGCUCCACUACAGCGUCCACUUUGGAGGUGACGUGAACACAUCGAUGUCCUCGGUUCACGUUCCCACAAAUGUCUACGAUCGUGCACCAGCGGUGAUCAAGGCGAUAAAAUGGUCAGCCCGUUUGGACGACACCUUCAUCAACAACUACAAACAUGAUCCCUCGCUGUCUUGGCAGUACUUUGGCAGUGCAACUGGAUUUAUGCGUCAAUUUCCAGCGACAAUAUGGAAUCCCAAGCCAGUCGAUCUGUUUGACUGUCGCACCAGGGGCUGGUACAUCGAGGCAGCCAACAGCCCCAAGGACGUCCUGAUCUUGGUGGACACCUCUGGAAGUAUGACGGGUGUUCGCAAGGAGAUAGCGAGACACGUCGUUAACAACAUCCUGGACACACUCGGCAACAAUGACUACGUCAACAUCAUCACGUUCUCCAACGAAACCAGGGAAGUGGUUCGAUGCUUCAAUGAUACCCUCGUUCAAGCCAACCUGGGGAACAUCCGAGAACUCAAGGACGCCAUAUCGGAAUUAUCGACAGAGCGAAUAGCUGAUUUUGAGAUGGUUCUUGUGUACGCGUUUCAGCUCCUAGCGAGGUUCAGGAAUGAGACCAGAGGAGCCAUGUGCAACCAGGCGAUCAUGCUGAUCACAGAUGGAGUGCCGUAUAAUUAUAAAGACAUUUUUAGGGAGUACAAUUGGGGUGGCAACUCAGAAGAGCCAGACAAGUAUGAUAUGCCUGUCAGAGUAUUCACGUAUUUGAUUGGGAGGGAGGUCACCGAUGUCCGGGAGGUCCAGUGGAUGGCCUGCGCCAACAGGGGAUACUACGUUCAUCUUUCGACGUUUGCUGAAGUCAGGGAACAGGUACUGAAUUACGUUCCCGUGAUGGCACGUCCACUUGUCCUCGGUAAACACGAUCAUCCGACAAUUUGGACACCGGUUUACGCUGAUAUCACUGAUCCCAAAAUGGCAGAUUGGCUGUGGGAACAGAAGGAGUGCGAGGAUCAGAAAGAGCGAGUCCUCGAGUUUCGAAGAAACAGACGUUUGUAUAUGUCCAAUCACCAGAGGGACAGGAAAUUAAUGCACAAACCCAAGAGACAUCACAGUCAUCACGAUGAGAUGCAGGAGUAUCAAUUGAUGACAUCUGUCAGUAUGCCGGUGUAUGAUAGACGGGAGAACGCGAACAUAACUGAGCAAGUGCUGAUCAAGGAGGCGUACUGGGUGUCCCAGACACGAGAGACGAGAAUUGCGGAUUUACUUGGAGUUGCUGGAACUGAUGUGCCUAUUCAGGAGAUACAGAAGCUCAUGUUACCUUAUAAGUUGGGGGUGAAUGGGUAUGCCUUUAUUGUUACUAAUAACGGCUACAUUCUUAUUCAUCCUGACCUGAGACCGGUUUUCCAGGGAAUACUGAAACCCUCCUACAAUUCCGUUGACAUGGCAGAAGUUGAGCUCUUGGAUCUCGAUGGUCAUCGUGACUUCGACCAGCAUAUUCUGCGGUUCCGAGACCAAGUUAUCAAUCAAGUGAACGGUAGCGUGACCCUCAACACGAAAUAUCAUUAUGAUGAUAUGAAAAGAGUUGGUCGGGUCAAAAGAAAAUACGAGUGCACUGGAAUCGAAAAAACGCCAUUCACAGUUGUCGUGAGUUUGCCAUUGUAUGGCCGCGACAAUUAUGGUGUUCACGCCACCGAGGAACUUCACAGAGCCCACGUCAAUGGUAAAAAUGCGACAGACUACUUUGCGGACAAUAAUUGGCUGGUUCAUCCCGAUUGGACGUAUUGCAAAUAUCAUUAUAAGGACGAGCACAGGUUUGAGUCGCCUGAGAAAUUGUUUUUACAUUUUCUGGAACGUACUCGUCAGCCAGGAUGGUUCUGGAGUGAUAAAAAAUUACCCUUCCAGCCACCCGAGUUGUCUGUCACUAAUACAGGAAAUAGCGGAUCUCAUUCAAGUUCAUCCUCAUCCGGUAAGGACUCAUUCUACUGCGAUCGUCAUCUAUUCCAAAGUCUCGUACACGAUGCAAAGGUAACCGGGUGGUUUGCAAACAUCAACACCACACGCGAGGAGAAAGGACCUUUAGCUAGGCUGAUGAAUCGCCUGCCCAGGAAAGAGUUUCAACAUCGCUUUGAAUUGGUUCUCGCCUUCAUGGCAACCCACAGCGGUCUGACAAGGUGGCAGGAUCUCGCCCAGGACGACACUGGUGAUCCAAUGCUACCUGACGAGCACUUCAGCAGAAUAUACCCCAGAGCGAUAGAUGAAAUAUGGUACAAGCGAGCUGUUGAACAGCAUUACGUUCAGCCAGACAGUUUCGUCUUCUCGAUUCCACCUGAUGAAAUCACGGAUGACUCGACCCUGGUGACAGCCAGUCGUGCCAUAUUCACAGGAAAUAAUGUGAAGGGCAAAGCUCCAGCGGCAGUCGUGGGCUUUCAGUUCAAGCACACGGCCCUCCAAUCCAUCUUCCAGAACAUCACGUUCAACUGCGAUGGAGUACCCAACUGCAAUCAUCACUGCAAUGACUCGUCCCUUGGGUGCUACCUCAUCGACAACAAUGCCUUCAUUCUAGCUUCCUCGGAAGAAGCUGAUGCUGGACGAUUCUUCGGAGAGGUCAGGGGACGGGUUCUUAUGGAUAUGGUGAACGAGGGCAUCUACGAGAAGAUCACAAUCUACGAUUAUCAGGGGGUGUGUUUUAUGUCUCGGCAGACGGCGAAUGAUGGGAGUGUCCUGCUGACACCCUGGGUGAUCCUCAGGAGGACUCUUUCCUGGUUAUUUGCUCGGAUCGUCUACACAUGGACGACCUUCGGCCUCUGGUCCUCAGAGCAUGCCUUCGCCCAAGAAUUCGAUCACGACGAUCACUUCGAGACUGACGACAAGAUGCCACCAGAAGGCAGCAAGCCACCUCCCUUCGAUCCUCGAGUAAUCAUCAAUCGAACGAAACCGACUCCCUGCGACCAACAGGUCGACCUCUACCUCCUUCGGAAUUCAUCGAGCAAUGUCUACGACAUCAGCUUCAAUUCCAGUAAAGGGUGUGACAGGCCCUACGUUGUCCAACCCGUGGACUUCAGCAAUAUGCUUCUGGUUGUCGUUUACAUCGACUGUCCUGGCACAGCUGACUUCAAGGUCACAGUCAUACCUGAGGAGAUUAGUUAUCCUAAUGCAUCUUUGGCAUGCCAGAAGGCGGGUGAUGGCCUCAAGAGAAGAAGACCCAGCUCCUGCAUCAGAAGCCAUCCCAGAGAGAGUGAAAUCAAGGACAGAUGUGGCAGGGCCACAAGUGUCAAAAUCAAUUCAGCCCUUUUUCUACUCAUUGCUUUGUCCAUACUCAUGGAAAUUCGUAAUUAAUUUUAUUAUUAUGGCUUAUUCCAGGGGAUUGUUGCAUCAACGACUGAUAAUACAGUACGAUAUGUUCCGAGCUGAUGUCAAAAUGAUUAAUCAUUGUUUAUCUUCCAUUGUUCUGAUAUGAGAGUGGUUGAACAUUGAUUAUGGUGCAUCACUCGUGUACAGUGAGUGUAUGAUAAUUUUAGAAAUGAGUUAAUCGAUCGAUGAUCGAUUUAUACUCUGAUAUUUUAAUUUUUUGAUUCUCAAGCUGAUUCGCUAUUUUGAGAUAACAUGGUGGAGUUUCAAAAAAAAAAAAAUCAGAUAUCUGAAGUAAUCGAAAAUCUGAGAAUAAUGGACCACUGCAUGAAAUAUAUAAUUACGGAAAUUAUGUACAGGAUUUAAAAUCUGAUAUCGAUAGGAGAAUUCUACUCAAUCUUUAUUCAUUUGUAUAUUCAUUAUCUGUACGUCAUUUUAAUUGAUAAUCGGUACGAGAUUCAACUAGAUUCAAUCGAUUAUUAUCGAAAAUCUUAGAUAGGGUUUCAUAGCUACUAUUUGGAGAUUAUAGUGUUCAUUAUUAUGUUAUCACGUUCAUUAUUUCGCUUUGUACAUUCAUCUGUUUAAUAUACACUGUUAUAAUCGAGUAAAAUUAAUUAACGUUAAUUUUGUAAAUUGAUGUAAGAUAAUAAUGGGAUAAUGAAGUGUAAGAUUGUGUGCCUUUCGUUGAAUUGUAUGGCACGCGGUUAUAAAUUAAAAUCUUGUUGUAUGUUUUUCAAAUAAAUUAUGGAAUCCUACUGU